AUGCUCGGUUUUGGAGACCACGUCAAAGUCUCUCCAGUAGAUAUAGUAAACUACAAUAACCGGUUCACAUUAGCCCACCCAACCUGGAUCGAUGACCGCUGGAAUAGAUUUGAGGAUCCAGCAACGGUCCUCAUCCAUGCAUCUGGCUCCUUCUCGAUGUCCUCGUCCUCAGCUUCCUCCGCAAUUUGUUCUUCUUCCCAAGAAACACACGCGUACAGCACCAUCCACACCCGAACGAACUCAUCCUGGGGAAUUUACCAUGGGCCAGGCUCAACCCAUAACCGGUCUGGUACAAUCCCAACUUUCCUGCCCCAGUCAAAGCCGCACGCAGACCUCUAUGCAGCUGGGAUGGCGCUGGAGCACUUUAGGAACUUUAUAUUGCCGUGCAUGCCACCGCCGGAGAUGAUGUGGAGGAAUGCUAUAAUCGUAACAGAUUCCGCAUAUCUUCUCAGUUGCUUGACACAGAACAUCGAAGCCUGGAGAUUGAAUGGCUAUAAAAAUGCCAAGAAGAAGGUGGUUUCAAAUGCCCAAACUAUACGGUGGCUUGAGGAUUUGGUUGAGAAUUUAGAAAAGAAUUGUGUUAGCGUGGUUUUUUGGAAAGUUGAGAAGAAAGAAAAUCCUGAUGCUGUAAGCAUGGGGAAAAGGGCCUUGGAAAGGCAAGAGUUCUGGAAUGUCGAAAACCAGGUACCUCUAAAUGCUCUGAUACCGGUAUGA